AUGGGGUAUCCGACCAGACUGGGCAACCUCAUAUGUAUAUAUUUAGAGAAAAUAUCUUCAAAAUUACGUCAUCUUGCCGAACAAUUACGAAAAGCUAGAGAAGAUGAUGAUUUUGUUGAAACAGAUCUUCGUUUAUGGACAACGAAAUUACAAGAAUUGAAGAUCAAUAUUACUGAUGUUCAUCCGACAGUUACUGUUCACGAAGAUCCAUUUAUAACACUUGUCGCUCAACUAAACAUUAAAUCGAUAAGUCAACGAUCUGAAGAAGAUGAAAAACUUGCGAGAAUUUGCGGAAGUGUUCAACUUGAUGAUAAUAAUUGUGUAGCUAUUCAACGAGAUUCAACUAUAAUUUCAUAUGUUCGUGGCAAGAAUGAAUACUCAUUUGGUAGACAUCAAAUAAGAUUCCGUGUAGAUAAAACUGAAUUGCAUUAUAGUACUGUUUUUGGAAUCAUUGCAAAAAUGGAAACAUUGUCGAAAUGGCCAUCUUCAUGUUAUGGAUGGUCAAAUGAUGAUACUUAUUAUAGCAAUGGAAACUAUUAUUCUAAUAAUAAUAGUAUGGGAAAUGAUUUAAGUGGUCAAAUUUCUUUCACUAUUCAACUAUUAGUAGAUUGUGAUAAUCGAAAGAUUCAAUAUUUCAAUGAAAAGACUAAAAACAUGAGAGAACUAAAUAUUAAUCUAACGAAAUGUCCGUUUCCUUGGCAAAUUUUUUUCUAUCUGCAUGAGGCUGGAGAUCGUAUUCAACUUUUAUAA